GAUGCCGAUGUUGUCAUUCGAUCCUGCGAUAAUGUUGAAUUUCGCCUUCACAAGAAGAAUCUUGAAUUUCUCUCAGGAGGUUUUCCUCCAGCAGAUACUGAAACAAACCCAAAUGAAAUCGUUCGACUUUCAGAGUCAGGCGAAACUCUCGAAGUUCUAUUUCAGUUUAUGUACCCCCAACGAUUUCCAUCUCUGGAUAAUAUGAAAAUUGACCCAUUGAUUGAGCUCGCGGAAACGGCAGAGAAGUACGAAAUCUUUGCCCUGAUCCAUAUAUGCGAACUCCACUUGAGGAGUUUCAUGCGACAACAUCCCAGAGAAAUUCUCAGAUUUGCCGCAAAAUAUGACCACCGUGAACUCGUAAAAGAGCUCGCCCCGAUCCUUGUUCCCUAUCUGCCUCUUUCUGAACUUGCAGAUUUGUUGCCUGCACACCUGUAUAAACCUUGGGUA